ACCAUGUUGCUUAGGGUGAUGAAUGAUGAUCGCACUAGAUGGCUACGUAGUCGAUGAGUACCAAACAACCGAGACGAAUAUACAAACAAAAUAAGCUAUUUGCUAUUUGUGUUAUUCUAUUUAAUUAGAUAAUGUUUGUUAAACCUAACUCUGAUGUGUCGGAUUUGAGGGAAGAAAGACCAGAUUUCAACAGUGAUGAAUCAACUAAUUUUGUUUAUAAUCCUCAUCGUUCGCAGUCUAUAGAGAAUCAACGAAGAAGACUGCCAAUCUUCGAAAACCGUGACCAAGUGUUAUACUUGCUUGAAACACACCAGUUUCUUAUUCUAAUUGGUGAAACAGGAAGUGGAAAAAGUACUCAGGUUCCCCAAUAUCUCCUAGAAUCUGGAUGGGGAUGUGAUGGUACAGUUAUUGCUGUAACUCAACCUCGCAGAGUAGCUGCAUUAAGUCUUGCAGCAAGAGUUGCAGAUGAGAUGGGAACAUCUUUAGGUCAAUCAGUUGGCUACUCAAUCAGAUUUGAUGAGCGGAUUUCAGAGAAAACUAAGUUGAAGUUCGUCACUGAUGGUAUGCUCUUAAGGGAAAUGCUUACUGAUCCAUUGCUGAAAAAGUAUAGCUUAAUCAUGAUUGACGAAGUCCAUGAGAGAUCCUUAAACACUGAUAUACUUCUUAGUUUGUUAAAGAAAAUCUGUAAGAAACGGCCCGAACUGCGUCUUGUUAUAUCUUCUGCCACUUUGGACGCUGAAGAGCUAAAAAACUACUUUGAACUGAACAAGAAUAAAAAAUCUCGUUUGGAAAGAUCUAACCCGGCUCAAUAUCAAGUGGGGUCUACAGUUAUUAUGAAUGUUGUUGGCAGGUGUUAUCCUGUUGACAUUUUUUAUGCUCAAGAUCCGGUUCCUGAUUACUUAAAAGCUAGUGUCGACACUGUUAUUAAAAUAUCAAUUCGGGAACCUUCGGGUGAUGUAUUAGUUUUUCUAACUGGCUAUGAAGAAGUGGAAACUGCGGUGCGACUUUUAAAAGAACAUGCAAACACAAUAGCUGAUUCCGCAAACAUAGAUAAAUUGUCUGUUUUAGCGAUGCAUGGAGGAUUAUCGAAUGAAGACCAGUUACAAGUGUUUCAACGUUCUCCACCCGGAAGAAGAAAAAUUGUGGUUGCGACAAACGUAGCUGAGGCUUCUAUUACUAUUCCUGGAAUUGUUUAUGUCAUCGAUUGUGGAUUUGUGAAAUUGAAGUGGUUCAACGCGGAUACUCAGACCGAUGCUCUAGUUGUUGUUCCCAUUUCUCAAGCUUCUGCCCAACAACGAGCUGGUAGAGCUGGGCGGAUUAGAGCUGGAAAAGUCUACCGGCUGUACACUGAAGAUUAUUUUUACACUCUGAAUCGAUUUACACCACCGGAAGUGCAACGAAGUAAUUUGUCGUCCGCAGUUUUGCAAUUAAAAGCUCUAGGUGUUGACGAUGUCAUUCAUUUUGAUUUUCCAAGCCCCCCGCCAGCUCGACAUCUUGCUAUAGCCUUAGAGCUAUUGUUUGCCUUAAAAGCCAUUGAUACAUCUGGACGACUAACAGAUGCAGGAUUGAAGAUAGCGGAAUUCCCAGUGGAACCUAUAAUGAGCAAAAUGCUACUUUCUUCAAAGGAUUUCAAGUGUUCAAUGGAAAUUGCAUCGAUUGUAGCAGCGAUGCAGGUCCAAGCUCUCUUCUAUUAUCCAACACGAGGACAAGAAAGUAUUAAAGCUCGCGUCGCUAGACGAAAAUUUGAUGCACAAGAAGGAGAUCUAAUUACUUACCUUAAUGUGGUAUCUGCGUUUGCCAAACAUGGAGAGUGUUCCAGAUGGUGUCAAUCAAAUUACCUCAAUAAAAAGUCGCUCAAGCGGGUAGUCCUGUUACGUGACCAAUUAAUUAAAUUGCUUCAGCGGCUAGGCAUACGAAUUUCAUCAGCUGAAGGAGAACUUGAGCCCGUACUUCGUUGCAUAGCAUCGAGCUUUUUCCCAAACACAGCAUACCUUCAUCCAAGUGGACAAUAUAAAACAGUGUUAGCCGAUAUUGUUCUUCAAGUUCAUCCACACUCCAUUUUGUUUACGGAGGAGAAAGCACCAUGGGUUGUUUUUGGUGAGGUUUUGCAGACCACCCAACUAUUCAUGAGAGAUAUCACAGUAAUCGAUCAAAUUUGGUUGGAAGAAUUAGCACCUCACUACUUUCAAAAAGUUACCGAACGAUGAACAAUUUAAAAUAUUACCAUUAUGCAGAAUAUUUGUUUUCGUACAAGUAAUUAGUAAUACAACGCACCGGGAAAAAUAAGAAAAUACAAUGAACAUCAUCACGUGAA